AUGGCCGGAUCUUACGCGAAGAAGGGGGCCACACCAUCCAAAGGAUCUUCUGGGACGAGACAAUCCUCAACAAAGCGCAAUUCGAGCAUCUUGAGUUUCUUCCAGAAGACCGACACGCCACCCGGUGCCACUUCUCAUCAGGCUCGAAUCACACAAUUUGUAACGGCAACCUCGCGUUCACCAAGCAACGGCCGGGGUACUCCAACUUUCCAGCGGGGGAACAGUUCAAGAAACGAUACUAGUGGUGCACUUUUCUUGGAGGAUAAGAAGGGACUGGCAAAGAUUGAACAAACAGCGGUGACGAAUGAAAGAGAACGAUCGCUCACGCCUGAUAUUUGGGGUGACGACGAAGAGUUCUUGGAAGCGGAUAACAAGCGAUAUAAUGAGAACAAUUCAGUGGUCAAGCGUCGGAAGGUAGACUCACCAGUCACCCCGGUCAAUGAGACACAGCAACCAGACGACGAAUCGAAGACUACAAACUCACCCGCACCCGCAACCACAUCUAUAAAGACCCAGAAACGGAGUGGACCAUUUAUCGAUGAGUCCGACAGCGAGGAUGAUAUGGAAGCAUAUCGGGAACUUCAUGAGACCACAUCUACCACUAAGGAUGUGACGAACGAGACAUUGCAAAUGGAUAAAAUAGUGGCUACACAACGCACGUCUGAACCUACACCCUCGCCACUGGUAAGAGCCGCCACGAGUAAUUUCGAUAAUGAUGAAUACGCGAAUUUUGACGAUAUAGAAGAAGACGAGCUUAUAGGGGAAGAGUUUCGAAAUCGGCCUUGGGAGGGCGAGGAACAAGAGCAGCAGAUCGACCUUGAGGUAGAUCCUGACAAAGAUUUAAACGACUGUUCGGGUGUAGAAGAUAUUGAGGGGGAAGUAAGCAGAUGCCCUAUCUGCCAAAUGGCGCUGAAGGAUCUUAAUGAAACGGAAAUCGCAGUGCAUGUCAAUGACUGCCUUGAUGGUAAAACUAGCCUUAUCCCGGCCACACCCGCUCCUGAGCCUAUGGUGAAGCCGACUCCCAGGCCAGUCGACCUCGACAAAGGAUUGACACGCGCGGAGCGAGCUGCCAUUGCCCGGCCUGCGCAAGGUGAUCCCUACUCGCAGAACAAACCUGUUGGAGGUUCCGCGUUUUCAAAGAUGAUGGCUGGAAACGCAGAAGACACUGCUUGGGCUGCUGCGGCCGCAAACGAGGUGUCUUCUCGAGGCAAGCAGGCCUACCAGCGGACUUGUCCAUUUUACAAGAUCCUCCCGGGGUUUUCCAUAUGCGUCGAUGCCUUCCGCUAUGGGGCUGUCGAAGGGUGUAAUGCCUACUUUCUCAGUCACUUUCACAGCGAUCACUAUAUAGGGCUCAGUAAGUCCUGGUGCCAUGGGCCUAUUUACUGUAGUCGACCCACUGCGAAUCUUGUCCGCCAGCAGCUUCGCGUUGAUCCUAAGUGGGUAGUUGAGCUUGAGUUUGAAUCUACCACCGAAGUGCCGGAGACGGGAGGUGUGCAAGUCACAAUGAUACAUGCAAACCAUUGCCCCGGCAGCUCACUUUUUCUUUUCGAAAAAGGUUCUGGCAACGGGCCCAAUGCCCAUAACCAGCGGGUGCUGCAUUGUGGUGACUUCCGUGCAUCUCCUGCUCAGGUGCAACAUCCGCUUCUGCGCCCUGACGUGGUCAACCCGGUCACCGGUAAGCUGCGGCAGCAACAUAUCGACAAAUGUUACCUGGACACCACAUACCUGAGCCCAAAAUAUGGCUUUCCCGCUCAGGAGGAUGUGAUUACAGCGUGCUCAGAGCUUUGUGUCCGCCUCAACCAGGAAGCUGGUGUCGGAUCUGAUACGGGGAAGAAUGGUACAAGUGGUUUGAUGGGCAAAUUUCUCUCUGCUGCCACGGGGAACAAUCAAGCAACGGACAAAGCCUCACAGGUUGGAGGUCGACUACUUGUGGUUAUCGGGACCUACAGUAUUGGCAAAGAACGAAUAUGCAUGGGGAUCGCCCGAGCACUUGGAUCCAAGAUUUUCGCGACUCCACCGAAGCAACGGAUCUGCGCCUGCUUGGAAGACCCGGAGCUCUCCGCGAUGCUGACAAGCAAUCCUCACGAAGCCCAAGUACAUAUGCAAACCCUUUUCGAGAUCCGCGCCGACACACUAGCAGACUACCUCGAUGGCUUCAAGCCUCACUUCUCCAGAGUCGUCGGUUUCCGCCCGACCGGCUGGACCUAUCGCCCACCAGCCGGGCGAAUAGUACAAAAUCCAUCAGUGUCCACUGUGCUGCACGGCGAAUACUGGAAGUCACCAUAUACCAGUCAGGACCUCACGCCACAGCGCGGCAGUAUGCGAGAAAGCGCAUGCUUCGGCGUUCCCUAUAGCGAACACAGUUCAUUCCGCGAGUUGACCAUGUUUUGUUGCGCUUUGCGUAUCGGCCGGGUCAUCCCGACGGUGAAUGUGGCCAGCCAAAAGAGUCGGGACCAGAUGAAGGUGUGGAUGGAGCGGUGGGAUGCCGAAAAGAAGAAGAAUGGGUUGUUUCCUGUCACUGGCGAUCGGUGGUGA